AUGCAGCAGGGUUUUUUGCAUGGAUCUAAAAACCGGACCGGACUAACUGGUUCAACCGGUUCAACCGAAAACCGGCAAAGAAGACGGUCCGGGAAAAUCAAAGAAGCCAAAACGCGUCUUAUACUCUUAUCCAUCUCCUUCCUUAUUCCAUCGAGCAAACACGCCCAGCCUCAACCAAGGGAAAAACCACCGCCGCCACCACCGCCGCAAGGAGGAGCUGUCUUUGCCGCCGUCCGUCGAAGUCAGGGGCUUGUCUCCUCGAGUCUUCGUGCGUCGCAAUCAGGGGAGUUUCUUCCAAGUCUUCAAUCUGUUCGCAGUCACAAGUCGCAGGCGCGCCGUUUCUCCCCCGAGCUCGGUGGCCGUCGUCUUGUCGCCGUUGUCUGUCGCCAUCUGUCGCAGUCAGGGGUUUGUCUUCUCGAGUCUUCGUGCAUCGCAGUCAGGGGAGUUCUCCAAGUCCUCGAUCUGUUCGCAGUCCCCGUCGCAGGCGCGCUGCUUCUUCCUCGUGCUCGGCGGCCGUCAUCUUGUCGCCGUCGUCUGUCGCCAUCCGUCCUCCUCAGCGAUCGAAGGUUGGUGAUCAUGAUAGGAAAUACAGGGAAGCUUAGGAUUAAAAAUGGAUUGGGAGAUUGCAGACUCGACACUGCAGUUUUGAUAAUGCCAUUUCCAGCAAGCUUCCAAUUUGUUUAUGUAGUUUGUGUCUCUACUUGUCAAUUGUUGUAUAUAUGAAUGUGUGAUAUAUGAUGUUUGUCUCUCUGUUCUCUCUUCCUUUUUACCUUUUGUUGAUUGUGGUAGAGUUGUUUGCCUAUGUUUAUUCACUAAAGUAUCUGUAUUUUGAUAAGAUCAUAUGGCUGGCUUUGGAUGAUGACAUUUUAUGUAAUAUUUUAAAUUUAGAAGAUA